AUGCACGUGCGCUCGCUGCGCGCCGCGGCGCCGCACAGCUUCGUGGCGCUCUGGGCGCCCCUGUUCCUGCUGCGCUCGGCCCUGGCCGACUUCAGCCUGGACAACGAGGUGCACUCGAGCUUCAUCCACCGGCGCCUCCGCAGCCAGGAGCGGCGGGAGAUGCAGCGGGAGAUCCUCUCCAUCCUGGGCUUGCCCCAUCGUCCUCGUCCCCACCUCCAGGGCAAGCAUAACUCCGCGCCCAUGUUCAUGCUGGACCUCUACAACGCGAUGGCGGUGGAGGAGGGCGGCGGGCCCGACGGCCAGGGCUUCUCCUACCCCUACAAGGCCGUCUUCAGUACCCAGGGCCCCCCUCUGGCCAGCCUGCAAGAUAGCCACUUCCUCACCGAUGCCGACAUGGUCAUGAGCUUCGUCAAUCUCGUGGAGCACGACAAGGAAUUCUUCCACCCACGCUACCACCACCGGGAAUUCCGCUUCGACCUUUCCAAGAUCCCGGAAGGGGAAGCGGUGACCGCAGCCGAGUUCCGGAUCUAUAAGGAUUACAUCCGGGAACGCUUCAACAACGAGACCUUCCGGAUCAGUGUGUACCAGGUGCUGCAGGAGCACCUGGGCAGAGAGUCGGACCUCUUCCUGCUGGACAGUCGCACCCUCUGGGCCUCCGAGGAGGGCUGGCUGGUGUUCGACAUCACAGCCACGAGCAACCACUGGGUGGUCAACCCUCGGCACAACCUGGGCCUGCAGCUCUCUGUGGAGACUCUGGAUGGGCAGAGCAUCAACCCCAAGUUGGCCGGACUGAUUGGGCGGCACGGGCCACAGAACAAGCAGCCCUUCAUGGUGGCCUUCUUUAAGGCCACCGAAGUCCAUCUCCGCAGCAUCCGGUCCACAGGCGGCAAGCAGCGUAGCCAGAAUCGCUCCAAGACACCCAAGAACCAGGAGGCGCUAAGGAUGGCCAGUGUGACAGAAGCCAGCAGCGGCGACCAGAGGCAGGCCUGCAGGAAGCACGAGCUGUUUGUCAGCUUCCGAGACCUGGGCUGGCAGGACUGGAUCAUCGCGCCCGAAGGCUAUGCCGCCUACUACUGUGAGGGGGAGUGUGCCUUCCCUCUGAACUCCUACAUGAAUGCCACCAACCAUGCCAUCGUGCAGACACUGGUCCAUUUCAUCAACCCGGACACGGUGCCCAAGCCCUGCUGCGCGCCCACCCAGCUCAACGCCAUCUCCGUCCUCUACUUUGACGACAGCUCCAACGUCAUCCUGAAGAAAUACAGGAACAUGGUGGUGCGGGCCUGCGGCUGCCACUAGCCCCUGCCAGGAGUCUGACCCUUGGGAGGGGGGAGCCACGUUUCUCUGGAUCUGCGGUGUCUCACCGUCCAGCAUCUGCCACUGCCCACUUUGGCAAGGAGCCAGAAGACCAGCCGCCUCUCCUGAGCCCUCCUCUGCGAUCUCUGGGUGGAAGGCAUUAGGGUCUGAGCACCCAGUGGUUGGCAAGCAGAUUGUCAUCAGAGGCAUCCUAUGGACAAGACCCUACAUGCUGUGACAAGCAGCGCCUAACAGGAAAAAAAAAAAAAAUGCCUCCAAAGAACCAGUCCUGGCCACGGCCCGCCACGCAGUCCGGAGGUGCUCUGGCUCCCCGAGGUAAUUACAAGUUCCCCUCAGCCGGGCCCUGAGCCGCGCGGGAGGAAAGGUGUGGCCAGGGUGGGCGCUCGGUCUCUGUGCUAAAGGGAAGUCAAGCGGAAGUCCUUGUAAUAAAUGUCACAAUAAAACCCAUGAGUGAAAAUGGUUA